UCGGAAGAGGAAGCGAAAAAAAAAAAAAGUUUUUGCAGAACUUGGCUGGUUCUGCAAGCGACGCCGUUCCUCCCCCGGGAGCCGAGGCGGCCUCCGGCUCCAGGACGACGGACACCCGGGCUGACCAAGCCGCGGCCACCGACGGCGACGGCCCUACAACCGUGAGUCGCCGCCGUCCCUUCCUCCAACUCUUAAGUCCCGGGGAAGUCUGGUUGGGGCGCCCGCGGGCGCCCGGCCAGGGCGAGCAGCAAGUAGCGGUCGCAGAGCUGGGAGCGAGCCCGUCCCGGGAGACGAGGAAAGAGGGAGAGGCGGCUGUCCUGCCCCGUCGGAGGAGCGAGAAGGCUGCCGGAGCCGCGGCGAUGGGCUGAAGUACUGCCGUCCCGGAGCGAAGCAGCAAGAGCGGCGGGGCUCCAGGAGCAGCGCUGAGCUCGACGGGCGAUGCACUCGCGGCGCGCUCAGAGGCACUGCUGCCAAGCCGGCCUACCCCGAGGAGCCUCGCCGCCCUGAAGGCCCCCAUGGCCGUCUACAGCCUCAACGUGCGCGUCUUCUGGCCGCUGCUGACCUGCGCCUGCACCCUCCUCGUCUGCCUGCUGCAAACGCUGCGGGGCAAGGCCGGCCCGACGGGCGGGGAAGCGGGCUGGCCGCUGCAGUCGCUUCUGAAGCGGCUGCCGUUGCCGCCGCCGCCGCUGCUGCUGCUCCUGCUCUUGCUGGCCGCGCUGGGCUUGGGCUGGCGCGCCUGGUGGACGGGGCGGCGGCAACGGCGGCCCAAACGCGGCGGCCCCGGCUCGGCCUGCCCCGGCCGGGAGCCCCGGCGCCGCGCCCUGCUGGACGGCUUCUACGAGACGCGGCUGCGGCUCUCGCCCCACGUGCUGGGCCACAGCAAAGCCCACGUCAGCCUGGUGGUGGGCGAGCUGGUGCGCGCCGGCAAGGCGGCCGGCCGGCUGGCCCUGCGCGGGGAUUUCGUGCAAGUGGGCAGCGCCUACGAGCAGCACAAGGUGGGCAGCCCCGACGCCUUCGACGUGCUGCUGCCGUUGCGCUUGCCGCCCCGCCUGGAGCUGCGCGCCCUGCCUUGCGCCCCGGAGCAGCAGCGGCAGGAGAGGCAGCCCGGCUCGCGGGGCGCCUUCCUCUGCGCCCUGCGCGUGGCCGCGGGCGCGCAGGGCUCCCCGAGCCGGGCUCUGUGCGUGGCCGCCAGCGAGGGCGAGGAGGCCGGGGCGCCGCUGCUGUCGGCGGCGCUGGUGGCCCGCUGGUUCCAGGCGCAAGUGCAGCGCUGCCUCGGCGCCGUGCGCGCCCGCCUGCAGGACCGCUGCCGGGUGCAGCUGCUGGCCGUCGGCGGGCCGCCCUCCCCGCUGGCUUUGCAGAUCGCACCCCGCUCGGACUACGUCUGCUGCCACCUCUCUCUGACCGUCCACCUCACCCCGGCCAUCCCGCUGGGCGAGGGGCUGUACCUCACCCCCUGGGUCUGCCCCCGGCCGUCUGCGGGCUCCCAGCUGGGCCUCUUCUGGACCCUCAACCUCUCCAAAGCGGAGCAGCGCUUGCUAGCCUGGCUGCGGGACCAAGUCCCGGUCGACUCCUGCCACCUGAAGUGCCUGCAGAUCCUCAAAGGGUUGAGGGAGCUGGGGGGGCGCGCUCUGGAGCCCCCCUGGGCCGCCCAGUGGGACCGGGUCCUCUCCUCCUACGUCCUCAAGACGGCGCUCUUCUGGGUGCUCCUGCGUAGCCCGUGGCCGGCUUGGGAGGACCGCUUGCUGGUGGCCCGGCUGGAGGACGUGGUGCUGUUCCUGGUGCAGGCUCUGCAGCGAGGGAGGCUGGCCCACCUGUUCCUGGGGAACCCCCACCUGCCUGAAAUGCUGAGCUUGCCCAAAUUCGUCAAGGAAGCCCCACCGGUGAACCUGCUGGCUGAUUUUGACCGGCCCACCUUGGAGAUGGUGGCUUCGCAGCUGCUGAGCGUCUGGAAACAGGCGCCCAGGAUCAUCCGGGUCUACGGUGGCCACAGGUACCGAAAGCAGCAUCUCACCUGAGCGCUCCUCGCCAGUCUGGAUUUUGCACUCGAGAUGAAGGUGGAAUUGCUGUCUAUUCCCCAAGGCAAAUUUCCUUGGGGCUUUAGGGGCGGGGGCUAAGUCGGGUGAAAAAUGGGGAGCUCAAUUCAAUGGUGAGGACAUCUGAAGGACCUUAUCGUGAAGAUUGUCUACAUCAGACUUGAGAUCUUAAGAGUUGGACACGUGGGUUCCCUUCUGAUCCUAUGCGGAACUUGGGGGCUGGGUCAAAUUUAGGGUGUUUUUACCAGAGGUUGGACACGUCAGGGGCUUGUUUGAAGGAGGGAGGUGUGGAAGAUGGAGGGAGCACCACCAAAGUUCACCAAAGUUCAAGAGGGCAUCUUCUUGGGGUUCACCAAAGUUCAAGAGGGCAUCUUCUUGGGGUUCACCAAAGUUCAAGAGGGCAUCUUCUUGGGGUUCACCAAAGUUCAAGAGGGCAUCUUCUUGGGGUUCACCAAAGUUCAAGAGGGCAUCUUCUUGGGGUUCACCAGAGUUCAAGAGGACAUCUUCUUGGGGUUCACCAAAGUUUACAGAGGGCUCUGCUUCUGACUUCUGCUCAGGGUUUCUGCCUUUGUCAAACAAAGGUGGGCAAAAUAUUCAAGCCGUUCUUUGGUGAGUUUGAAGGGCAAUUCUUGAUAGGGAAAAGUUGAGAGUCCUACUUGGGAAAUCUUAGGCUGUUAUGACUCAUGCUCCUUCGUUUAUUAUUUUUUUUUUUUCCCCCAGCCAAGUUAGGCAUUGGAGUGGGCGUUCGUUGCCUGCUUUGGCAUUUUGCCCAGUGUCUGGAAGCAAUCUUGAUUUUUUUUUUUUUCCAGCUCAGGAGUGCUGGUCAAAGAACGAAAAGAUGGGACUGCGGCCCUGAAUGUGGCUGCUUAUUAUGGGCUGGAACAGAAGAGAAGAAAGCACAGCCUCGUUAGGAUUUAGACCAGGUGUCUUCCAACUUGGCCCUUUGAUGACUUGUGGACUUCCAACUCCCAGAAUUCCUGGGAAUUGGCUGGGGAAUUCUAGGAGUUGAAGUCCACAAGUCUUAAAAGUUGCCAAGGUUGGACACUCCUGUCCGAAGGGACUUAAUACCAAUAUGUAUUCAGAGACCAAAAUUAAUAGCACUUUAUGUUCAUGAAAAGUUCUUUUUUUUUUUUUUUGGCAUUGCCUAGGCUGUCAAAUUUUCUGAAGCAUUCGGACAUGAAUUAAAAUAAUGAUAAACGGAGACAUUCAGCUUGCUAAUAGGCCGUCUUCUUUAAAAGACUCUUGAUUCCACACACAGUGCAAUAUUGUUAAUUGGAAAGCAGUCAUUACCCUUAACGGCUGUGUUUUAAUAAAAGCUGACCUCCAGAGCUUGUCAUUGAGAAGGUUUGGAAAGAAAAGGAUCACUCAGACUUCCACUGUUUAUUAUUCCGGUGAAUUCCUUGGCAUUUGGCCACACAGACACCUUUCUCAGAUUAAAAAACAAACAAAACAAACCAAGAAACGGGAGUCUUAAAUCCUUCCUAUAGGAUAGAUAGUGACAAAUUGAAGAUGCAAGGAUGUGAAGUUGUUCAAUAAGUAAAAAAUGUUUUCUGGCAUUGCCAGUUCCAUUUAAUUCAGUUUGUGUGCCGCGAAUCAGAUCUGGGAAGGCUAUUUUACAAUGCCUUGUAGACUGCAGACUGAGAUGUCCAAAAUACAUUUAAAAAAAAAAAAAAAAAAUCCAGUCACCGUUCGUGUAAGGCCACCAUUUAGUUGCCAAAUGUUGAAAAUCAUCUCUCUGUCUUUCUCUUUCUUUCUUACUCCCUCUCUCUCUGUCUUUUUCUCUCUUUCUUUCUUUCUUCCUCUCAUUCUCUCCCUCUUUCUCUUUCUCUUUUUUCUUUCUUCCUCUUUUUCCCUCUCUCUUUCUUUCUCUCUUUUUCCCUCUUUUUCUUUCUCCCUCUCUCUUUCUCUCUCGUUCUCUCUCAUGUGUAAAAGAUUAAACCCGCUCCCCCUCAUACAUACACAUACACACAAAUUCCACAGGGCCAGGAAACAUUUUGAACGCAUGUUCCACGCUGCAGCCUGAGGUGUACCAUACAACAGGAGAACUACAACGGGACUUUCAAAAUUAGCUUUAUUUCAAGUGCCUCCUGCUUAGGUAGGAAAUGGGGGGGUUUCAAAAAAGACAAAGAUAAAUCUCCUUUUGUGUGGUGUGCCGUUGGUUUCAGCCAAGGAAAUGGAAUCGGAAAGCCAGUUAUGUGCAAUGUUAAAGAUAUUUUUUGUGAUCUCAAACGAAUUGACGUUGAGAAUGAUGAAGAUGGUGUUUAAGGGGUAGCCAUGGGUGGGCUGGUUGGCGGGCAUUUCUCGGUGGGGCAAGACAGUUGAUGAAAUGAGAAGAGUUGGCACUGAUUGUGGAUCCAAACAUUUGCCAGAGGGCACCAGGUGCUAAGAAGGAAUUAUUUUCCCAAGUGUGGAAUUCCUGAAGCUGGAAUAGGGACUGAACACAUCUAAUGGGCUUUCUUUCAUCAGCUGCAAAUCUCAAGAAGGUCUUAACAGCCCUGUUUUUGACUUGACUAACUUUUUUUUCCCAUAAGUUUCGGGUUUGGUCCUCAUUCCUGAGGUUAUGAAUAGUUGCAGGCAGAUGUAUGAAAUGUACGAACUCAUGAAAUACACACCCUUGGGAAGAAGGGGGCUGUUGGCUGAACGGGUGGGAAAGCCGGAAAAGAAAUGUUGUGAGCGUGAGAGAGAUGACGAAACGAAUUUGAAGAAGCAGUUGAAGAAAGGAGAGCAUUGAGGAAAAACAUAUGUGAAAUCUCUGUUGGAGGAUAGUUUGUGAAACAUUGGCUAAAAAUAACCCAUUUCUGGGUCAUUGGUCCUGAGCUAAACAAGUGUCUCUCACCUUGUCGAUUUUAAGGUAUGUUUAAUCCACCACAAAGAAGGUAUAAAAUUCAUGUUUCUUCUACAUCUGCUUUCUUCUAGCAGUUUCUAUCUGUUUUCUCCGAGAUCAUCUCGGUGGCUGCUUCUAUGUGUUGAGAAUUUAUUUUGCGUUUUUCCGGUGGUGCUUUUUUUUGAAGUUGCACUAUUUUUGAGGUGUGUUCUCGAUGUUCCCCAGUUGGCAAAGUUCCCUCGCGAUUGUACGCCCUAGAGGUGGAACGGAUGUGUGGGAAGCCACAGAAAAAGCAGUGGUGCAACAACAACACCUCUGUACACAUUUUGGCUGCCUGGUCACUAACUCACUGCAAGAACCUCACAGCCCUCUUUUCAGAGAAAUUUUGAAAUUCUCUUUCACCAGUUUGGAAAUUGGUAAAGCAGUGUGUGUUUCUCUCUC